GACAAGAUGACAGCGUACGUGCCACCCGAGUGGGCCGACGGCGGGCAGAACGUCCAUGGCCUCUCGCUCGAGGUCAUCAAGAGCGGCGUCAUCUUGGACACGGUCGCGCUGGACGCCAAGCCCUUCUUCGUUGUCGGCCGCAUGGAGCCGCUCUGCGACCUCGUGCUGCAGCAUCCGUCUGUCUCGCGCACCCACGCCGCGCUGCAGUUUAACGCCGACGGCACGCUCUUUGUCGUCGAUCUCAAGAGCACCCAUGGCACGCAUGUCAACAAGCAGCGCCUCCCGCCCAGCGAGUACACGCAGCUGUACGUCGGCGACGUGGUCGUCUUUGGCGAGUCGACGCGCAUCUACACGAUCCUUGGCCCGCCCGAGCUCAUGCCCGGCGAAUACAACUCGACCAACUUGGAGAAGCUCCGCGCAUCGCUGACUGAGAAGAAGCGACCGCCAAAGCAGCCAAGUGCUUGCGACGAUGGCAUCUCGUGGGGCUUUGGCGAAGACGCGGAAGAAGAGGACGACGACGCUGACCACGACGACAGCAGCGACGACGAAGCCGGCGACACGCGCCGGCAACCCACGGCCAAAACCGCGCGGCAAGAGAGUUUGCCCGACUACUUGCGCGAUCGCAAGGACGUCUCGGGUCCGUAUGUCUCGAGCGUCACAAAAGAAUCGAUCUCGGCCAAAGACACGGCGCUGUACACCCGUCUUCAGGCUCGCAUGCAAAAGAUGGAGAACCUCCGCACCGAAUCCGAGCGAAUUCGAGCCAAGCAAGGCAUGGGGUUGACCGACGGCCAGCAAGCCGCGCUCGACAAGAACGAAGCCCGGAUUGCGCAGCUGCAAGAAGACAUUCAAACCAUCGAAGCGACGCUGCAGGCCAAGCAGACGCAGCGGCUGUCGCAAAAGGCGCAGCUCGAGGCGAAAAAGGAAGCCAGCGCGACCAAAGCCGCGACCAAAGCCAAGGCAUCGACAAUGUACAACGACGACGACGACGACGAUUUCUACGACCGUACCAAAGCCCACGCCACCAAAAAGCACGUUCCGCUCUCGGCCGCGCCGCGCGUCUUGACCGCCGACUCGAUUCGCGCCAACGUGCGCGCGCUCACGCACCAGCUCGAGACGAUCCAAGCGCAGUAUCUAAAGAACGAAGCAGCGGCUGCCACGACGACGAGCACCGACGCCGACGACAGUCUGGAUGCGUAUCUGCAAGCGUCUAAUGCAGCGCUCGUCGCCGACCAGCGCACCAAGCUGCAAGCCGAGACAACGCGACUUCAGGCGCUCAUUGAAGAGCAAGAAAAGUUGCUAGCGAUUGCGACACCCGCGCUCGACAAGGUUGUCGAGAAGCCACCACCAGUCGUGGCAUUUGCACCGGACGCCGAGUCCACAUCCGUAGCUGCCCCAGUAGCUCCUGCGGUAGCCGAGCAGGUAGCGGCGCCGGUCGCCGUGACAGAACCGGCAGCCGACCCGCAGCUGCCGGCACGGCCAUCCACGCCGCCCAUCAACGCGCCUGUGCCCAUCGAGACGCAUGGCGACCCUGCAUUUCAUCUACGGGAGAUGAGCGAGCGCACGCUGACGCCACCGGAAGAGCCCGUGCGUACGGUACGCUCGCUCGAGCCAGAAGGGGCAAGCCAGAAGAAGCGCCCAGUCCCGUCGACCGAGCCCAAGGCCAAGCCCAAGCGCCAACGACCGAAUGCGGCCAAGGCAGCCAAAGUGUUUGACGACGGCGUCCUUGAAGGCGGUGAGAGCGUGUGGCAGCCGCCUGCCAACCAAACCGGCGACGGCCGCACGGCGCUCAACGACAAGUACGGCUACUAGUACACAAGAGGAGUAGCUGCCGCUGAUAAUCUGCCAUCGGUUCAGUGGUCGAACUGCCGUUUGAGUAGCUUUCGAACGAGGUUGCUUGGUUUGUGCGCAGC